GAAUCAUGUUGCACUUUUCCCUGGGGAUAUUGCUGGGCCUUGCAGCCUGCUGUGCUUCCCUGGAUAACGGACUGCUGAAGACUCCGCCAAUGGGCUGGGUGCCUUGGGAACGUUUUAGAUGUAACACAGACUGCAAAAAUGAUCCUGACAACUGCAUCAGUGAACACUUGAUCAAGGCUAUGGCAGACAGGCUGGCUGGCGACGGAUGGUUGCAGCUCGGCUACAGGUAUAUCAACCUGGAUGAUUGCUGGGCAGCAACUAAAAGAGACGCGCAAGGCAGGUUGCAGCCAAACCCCGAAAGGUUCCCCAGUGGCAUUAAAGCCCUUGCCGAUUAUGUUCACUCCAAAGGCCUGAAGUUUGGCAUCUACAGUGACCUGGGCAGCAAGACCUGCUCAGGCUACCCUGGGACGACCCUGGAUACUAUUGAGACGGAUGCAAAGACCUUUGCCGAGUGGGGGGUUGACAUGCUGAAGCUGGAUGGCUGCUUCUCCAAUUCUUCCGUCAAGGCAGCAGGCUAUCCGAAGAUGAGUGCGGCAUUGAACAGAACAGGACGGCCCAUUGCCUUUUCUUGCAGCUGGCCUGCCUACGAGGGGGGCCUUCCACCGAAGGUGAAUUAUACCUUACUUGGCCAAAUAUGUAACCUGUGGAGAAAUUUUGGAGAUAUUGAAGACUCUUGGGACAGCCUCUUCCACAUCAUCGAGUGGUACGGAAAUCAUCAGGACAUAAUUCAGCCUGCUGCAGGACCGGGAAGGUGGAAUGAUCCCGAUACGCUGAUCAUUGGUGACUUUGGCCUGAGCUAUGAGCAGUCAAAAGUGCAGGUGGCCCUGUGGGCGGUGCUGGCGGCCCCUUUCUUCAUGUCCUGUAACUUACGGACUAUCUCGACCGAGGCCAAGAACCUCUUGCAGAACCCACUGCUCAUCUACAUAAACCAAGACUAUCUAGGGAUUCAAGGGAAGCGUAUUGCGAAGAGCCAUCACUUGGAAGUAUGGAAGAGGCCCCUUGUCAAUGGCCAGUUUGCGAUAGCGGUGAUGAACAACGGCACUGAUGGGGCACCGAAGCCUAUUGUGACGAGUCUGGGACUUCUGGGCAUCUUGGACUGCAAGGGAGGCUACAAGGUCUAUGAAGUGCUGGAGAAGGUGUUCAUGGGGACCUACAAGCUCAACGAUCCCAUUCGCACCAAGGUCCCUCCGACCGGCGUGGUCCUGUUCUUCCUCAGGCCUUUGUGCUGAUCUUCCCUUUCACCAAGGAGGCAGCAUGCUUCAAAUGUCACAAGGGAAGCCGGCAGCUAAAGAAAUCAGCAGCCAAGGCACAAAAGCUUCUUCUUCCUCCUUGUGGAGGGCUUUGGCACCGAGCACAGGGGAUAAACAGAACCAUGGAAAAGCUGGACCCUCCGCCCCUUUCUCUGGGCAUUUUGGGGAUAUUUAGAAAACUCUCCUGAGAAGUAUGUACCUACCUUUGUGGAAGAGAGUUGCAGGACCCCAAAGGAGCUGCCUCCACACAAACUACCUUUUCUGGAUUAACCUCACAAAACUGCACACAAGGGAGGAUGCAAUUCCCACAGCUGCACAGAGAGUUUCCACCAAAGCUUAUGCGCAUGGCGCAGAACGGCCCAUGUCCAUCCAUUGGCACCUUCGGCCAUGCAGAAAAACAACUGCUGCAAAAAUGUUGCGUGUGGCACAGCCCUUGAAGGUAGCAGGAACCAGGGGCAGUUUGGAAGCUAAGCGCAUAUCCCUCCCUCCAUCCUCAUUAGGAUUACCUGGAAAAUCAUGGAAGUGCCCUGCCCUUUGUUGCUCAGGUCUCCAGUCCCUCUCCGAAAUCAAUGAAGUCGUACUGGUUUUAAUGGUGUGGUUGUGUCCUCGGUUGGCCUGGCUCUCUUUCCAUUUCUUUCCGUUCAGAGAGAAGGGGUUCCCCCGUCUCCUGGGCUGCAGAAGCACAGCUUCUCUUUCUUACAAACCCUCUUUGUCUCCCUUACUGCAAGACAGCCCAACCCACACUGUGCUGCGCAUGGAAUUCUGCAGCUAAACAUGUCUGCUCUUCUCUGUGGAGGGGGAAAGGGGUAUCUUAACUAUAGCUUGACACUUGAA